AAUCAAUCCAAAUCGGACGGCUGCUUGUCGUUACUUAAAACGACGCUGUUUCAAUCCUCCCCCAGGAUCUUUGCAAGCUGCAACAAUCGAUCACACCGAGGCGAGGAGGAGCAGAUUGAAAUGACCAAUCCACCCAAAAGUUUCACAAGUUAAAAUUAGGUAGGCCUUCACCUCACCCAAUCUCUGGAUAUGGAAUAUGAAAGGGCUAGAGCUGGUUUCUUCCAACUCCACUCGGCAAUAAGGGCAUACGCAAAAAUCGUUGGUAAUGGCAUUGAUGGAUUCUUUCAAGUUUCAGCCUAUCUUAAAUUCCUGAUUCUAUUCCCAACCGUGAAAGUUGAAACCCUACUUCCAGUGCUUCUGUUUAAUAGACGAUCGUCCGUUUCAUGAUCCACCAAGCAUUUAACUGAUAGCUGAUCCAGUCACUAUAGACUUUUCAUGUCAAUUUGAAGGUUCAAGAUCAAACCCAUGUUAGAUUUCUUCGGAUUCUGGUCAAGGACAAGUGGACUGAGGUUGUUUGUCUGUGCUAGCUUUACAAAACAUUACUUAAAGUUUCUGUAAGUUGGGAUUUCGCGAAAGAUGGUUGGGAGUCCAUGGGUUCAGGUUUCAACUUGCCACACUGCGCUGCGUUCUCCGUUAAUUAGUCUCCCCAGUGAUUCCCGGAAUUUUAUGCCUUGUCUUCCAGCCAGACCAUCGAAGAAACUGGUCCAGAUUCGAGCAAGUUCACCCAACACUGGGCAGAGUCCGCCACCAUCGUCUCCAAAAGCAAGAAAUCCACUAGCAGUUAUUUCGGGCAUUCCCAGGAAUAUCUGGAGGCAAACUUUGCGUCCUCUGAGUGAUUUUGGGUUCGGCAACAGGAGCAUCUGGGAGGGAGGAGUUGGUCUCUUCAUCGUUUCAGGGGCAGUGCUCUUUGCACUUAGUUUGGUUUGGCUAAGGGGUUUCUAUUUACGAUCACGAUUGAGGAAGUAUCAGGCAGUGUUUGAGUUUGCUCAGGCUUGCGGUAUCUGCAUGGGAACACCGGUGAGGAUCAGGGGAGUGACUGUUGGGAAUGUAAUUCGCAUCAAUCCUUCCUUGAAAAGCAUUGAAGCAGUUGUUGAGGUUGAAGAUGAUAAAGUAAUCAUACCUAGGAAUUCAUUAAUAGAGGUGAACCAGUCUGGACUUCUUAUGGAGACUCUGAUUGAUAUCACACCUCGGGAUCCACUUCCAACACCUUCAGUGGGUCCUCUUGAUCCAGAAUGUGUUAAAGAAGGUCUAAUUGUAUGUGACAGUCAAAAGAUAAGGGGACAUCAAGGAGUAAGUUUGGAUGCAUUAGUUGGGAUAUUCACCCGUCUUGGACGUGAAAUGGAAGAAAUAGGUGUUUCCAACAGCUAUAAGUUAGCUGAGCGGGUUGCAUCUGUUAUUCAAGAAGCACAACCUCUGCUUGCAAAGGUUGAAGCCAUGACUGAAGAUAUUCAACCUCUGCUGGCUGAUGUUCGUAGCAGUGGGCUGCUGAAGGAGGUUGAGAGUUUGACCAAAAGCUUGACAGAAGCAGCUGAAGAUUUGAGGAGGGUGCAUUCCUCCAUUAUGACUCCUGAGAACACUGAGCUAAUUCGGCAGUCUGUAUACACCUUAAUAUUCACUCUGAAGAAUAUCGAGAGUAUAAGUUCUGACAUAUCAGGAUUCACGGGUGACGAGGCUACAAGGCGGAAUUUGAAGUUGCUAAUCAAGUCCCUUAGCAGGCUACUAUGAAUAGAUUUUUAAAAGGUGAAUACGGAAGGGUGGAGUGUAUGGUUUUAUCCUCAGAUUUUCUACCGGUUGGAUCUUCUGUUUAGUAAUCACCAUUGUGGAGAAGGAUAAUGUUGCAGUUUAGUUGUUGAAACUUGCAACUUGUGGUUGUUUUGGGCCAAAGUUUUGGCUAUCCAUUUUUGGCCUUGGAAGCUAGUCUCUAUUUUUAAAGUUUCAAGGCUUUUUAACGAGUUUGGAGACGGGGGAAUUCGGUCAUUUUUCUUUCUCUUCUCUUCUCUGUUAAACAAGCCAGUCUUACGGGUUUUCCUUUCCCCCUCAUUACAAAAACGGGGUCAUCCAUUCCCAUUGGUCAAUUCCUCUACUCGUUCUGGCAUGGCUUGUUGUUUUUUACAAGAUUUUUUUUGUAUUGUAGACACAAAAGGAAUGGCAAAAUAUGGCAAGGCGGUAAGUUGGAAAGUAAUUCCUGGUUGUGGAAUGUGUGGAUCCAGAAUUACAGAUGCAUCCACCGACCUUCCACCAUGAGUCCAUGACGUGGAAACUUGUACCAACUACCAACAAUUAUUUGUCUUAUUUUGGAGAGUUUGAGUGUUGGCAUU